UGAAAAAUAGUUUCUGUUUACUACUGCAUAAUUUCAAGCAAAAAUACAGAGCACUGCAAUUUCCAAAUUUACACUUGAAAGCAGCAGGUCACGGGGGUAAGGGAGGGGAGAGAAUGACGAAAGAUUGCAGAGCAGUCAGGAGGAGCUUUUCCUCUUUCAUAAGCAGAAGAAGCGUUGUUGAUCACUUUGUCCUCAGUUUCUAGUUGAUCACUUUCUUUUCUGUGCGAGGGCAGAAAAACAAACUUUCCCAUUGAAACAUUUAGCUUUCAGUUUUCUCCUCAAGCAUUUUAUCACUUCUAAUCUCUCAACGGAUUUCAUCAGGAUCUCUUCCUCCAUGACGAACGUGUCUCAGACGAUGGAGACAGAGGAGGACCUCCUCACUUUACUCCACAUCAAGUUUUACCACCCUCAGCAACACUCUAAAGGUCUCUACAACUUGCUUCCCUUGGGGACCAGGAGCAGACGCUCUGCCGAUGAUCCUCUCAGGCUGGGCCGUGACGCCCAGGCCUGCGACUACUCUCUGGUUGACCCCAAGGUGUCCCGCAAACAGCUGGCCCUAAACGCCUACUACACACCCAAGAGCCCGGACAUGCUGUUCUCCAUCCAGAACCUGAGCCAGAGAGGACGACUGUCAGUGAACGGAUCGUCGCUGGGCUACCUGGAGAGAAUGGACCUUCCAGACAAGGCUCUGAUCCGGUUCUUAGAGUACGAGAUGCUCAUUAUUCGGGAGUCUGGAGAGGCAAAGACCAGUUUUGAGGUGGACAUGGAGGUGAUGACUGUGCCUCCCUCCAGGGAGACAUGCACCUGUGUGCCUGGAAGGGCUCCAGUCAUGGACACAGGUAUGGUGAACCAAAACACAGCUGGGUUAAGAGAACUUGGACCUCUUGAAACUGAUGAGACACUCAGCUAUUAGAAAUGAUCUGCAGACUGAACUGGGCUAAGCAUCAAGGGAUCGCUGUCCAUUUGUUACAGUAAAGUUUAAUUAUGUAAUGAUAUUCAUAUUCUAUUGUGAAAUCAAUAAAUUCUGUUAUACUUUGACUUUUGCAAAUAGAUCAAAUAAAGCUAGACCCUUAAAUGUCUGCUUUCAUUUUUGGAAAUAUGAAUAUUGUGAUGUUUUAAUGUUAUUUACUUCUGAAUAACAGGUUUAAGCAAUAAAAUACUUUUUUUAAAGCAUCUUUUGUCCAACAUUUGUAAAUUAUGUUCUUGUUAUAGAUUCAGUUUGAAAACGUGACAGAAUAGCUAUCACUAUCAGCCCCUCCUUUGGUGUUUUAACAUUAAAAUCCAUAACUGACAUGGCAAAACUGCAACUGAAAGGUCCUGUGUGGUCAAAUGUAAGCCCUCAAGAGUCCCUCAGACCAUGAAGACAUAAAUGCUUCACUUCCAACUUGCGUAACAUGGAGGCUUAAAAGGGCGACUCUAUGGGAAGAAACGAUCUGAAAAACCAUCUGAAACCCGAAUCCACUGAAAGGAGA